AUGAGAGAAAAGUGGAGAAAGAAGAGAAUGCGAAGACUUAAGAGAAAAAGACGUAAGGCACGUAAGUGAUACAAGAAUGUGAUAAAUAUAAAAAUAUUUAAUUGAACAUCUUUUUAUUCAAAUUUUAGCAAUUCUUUAAGUUCUGAUUUUCUAAAGUUGGGUAACUUACAAUCCAUCCAAAAAUAUUAAAUCAAUUAUUUAAUAUUUAUUAAGGUUGAUAUAAAUAUACAACUAUGCUUAAGAAGUUUUCAUUAUAUGCAGUUAAUUAAUUAUUAUUUAAUUUUAAUGGAGCAGAAGCCUUUAAGUAGGUUCAAAAUUACAUCUUAAGUAAUUCAUAAUAACCUUACUUUAAACAAAGGAGUUUUUGGAAUGUGAAAAUUAAUCUAUAAAACAAAAAUAAAUGUAAGAAUUUAUUUUAUAUAUGUUAAGUUUACUUACAAGUUCUAAAAAAGAACCAAAUAGAAAUAAAGUCAGAUUUAAUGAUAUGGUAAAGAGUAAUAAAUAUUUUGAGAAAAAUCAAUCAUCAAAAUGUUAUAAAAUAAUAUUAAGUUAUUAAUCUAUUGAUUUAAGAUCUUAGAAUCAUAAUAGUCUGUUUAUUUAUUUAUUGAAUAUUUUAAAGGAGUAUUGGUAUAUAAAUAUAAUAAGAAAAAAAAUAUCAAUUGGAAUCCUAAUUUAAAUUAUCCCUUCCUUUUCAUUUAACAACAUUAUUUUUAUAAAAGGAACAUCAUUUUAAUUGAAUAUUAUCAUAGUAAUUAUAUAACACAUUCAAAUUUGAAUACAGAGAUUAUUUUAUAACAUGAAAUGACAUAUUAGUCUUUGGAUUGCAUUUAAUGCUAUUAAUAAAAUAAUGAAGAUAUUUAUUGA